AUGGCGGGUCUCCCCCACGCAAGUCGCUUUCGCACUGCACUCUUCAAAGGCGCGAGGGAGGCUGGGGAGGCAUUUUCUCGCGCUUUCCGGGCAGAAGACUCCGUGAAGGCUGCACCCCUUACAGUCCCUUUGACGAGCAGCUAUCGUACCAGUAAUGAGGCAGUGGGGGAAGCAGAAGCAAGGCCAAAAUCGGAUCCGGUGCUUGCAAGGCCUUUAGAGGCCAGCAUCGCUCCAGCGGCUCCAAUUACCCCAAUGGGGGCCCCAGCAACUGGGCUUUGUCUCCGCUCUGGCUCGAGCAAAGGCAAGGAGGGGGGCCCCUCGCUGUCUGAAGGCGCAUUCAUUGACUCCAGACUUCCGUACGAUGGGUUGGACGCUUUAGGCGUUUCUGGGGGCUCACACGAUGGAGUGGGGGGGGGAUUGGCGAGCCGCCUGGAGGAGUCAGAGGGGUGGUUCAUUACAGAUUUGCUGGCAGGCAGGGACGAAGAUCACGACUUGCGCGUCAGGAACGGCAGCUACAAGAGCGGUCCCGGCAGCUUGGUGAUGGUCUCUUCUGUCGACUCGCUUGCCUCUAUGGAUGGAGAGGAGUCUGAUGACCUCCCGCCGAGCAGCAGCAGCGCUAGAAGCGUGUGCGAAGAGCUCGAAACGGUGCACCCGCCUUCCCCCUUGCCUCGUAUUUUGUUGCAUUCCGAAAAUCUCAGCUCAGAGACGACUCAAAGUGGCAGCGCACUGUCGGGAGACAUAGAGGAGCAAAUCUACCGAAUAUGCCAAAAGCGACAGUCCACAUUAGCAGAUGAACCCGACGAAUGUCACCGAGACGUCCCGCGAUUUACGGGGGAUCGACUGUACAUGAUUGAAGCGGGGCAUGGAUGGAGCACUUAUCCUUCCUUAGAGGCUCUCCUGUGCUUUUUGAGGGAAACUGUGAAAGUGUUCGGCUCGACCCACCUGCGUUGUACACGAUUCGUUUUGCCCGUUGGCGAGGCAGACACGUUUCUAGAUGAACUUGAAACUAUAGCUCCCUACUCAGCGCAAGAUUUCUUGCGGGCCGCGCAAGCAGCUGCUUCCCCCAUGGCCUUCGCCGUUGCCGCUCGCUUCUGCUUUAUGCAGUUUGCGGAGGUCCUCAUGACUUGGGGCGUUGCUGCAGAGGGUUCCGCUGCUGCAAGUGCCGCAGUGGGAGAAGCAACGGCGACAGCAGCUUCAGGGGCAGCAGCAGCGGGCUCUGCUGCUACUUUCUGCACCACUGUUGUUGCCGUUACUCCCUGGGUGUUGCUCGCUGGAGGUUGUGUGUUUGCCGUAUUUCGCUAUAUCAGUAAAUUGCAAGAAGUGAGGAGCAAAGUGCUUGUUCUUCCUACAGCAGAGGCAGGGGAAGCAACAGAGAUAAGGGAAGCAGACGAAAUUGCCUUGAGUGCGCGCAGUGGCCACUGUCUCAUCAAGUGGCGAUAA